UUAUCUGUCAUAGCAUGUUGGUAUGAAAUAGUGAAUUUUUGCUUUAGCAUUUUUAAGAAAUGAGGCACGUACCAUUUUUAGCACGUACAGUUCUUGUACAAAAUGGAAACAUUGAGGAAGCUAUGCGAAUUUUAAAUCGUAUAUUAGGGAAAGAAGAAAUUUUGGAUCAAUACCGUCGAACUCGUUAUUAUGAAAAACCUUAUCAAGUUCGACGAAGAGUUAAUUUCGAAAAAUGUAAAGCAAUUUAUAAUGAAGAUAUGGAUAGAAAAAUUCAAUUUAUUCUACGAAAAAAUCGAACUGAACCAUUUCCUGGAUGUCAUUGAACCCAAUUAUUUUGGAUAUCUUUAGUUAAUUUGUU